GGGGGAGAGUGGUUCGAACGCGAGGCGGGCAUGGCGGAGCGGCGGACAAAGGCGAGGGUGUCGCCAGGUGGGUGCCGGUGAACGUCCGAGUGGUGCACGCUAGCCCUGGGCGGUACAGGGCGGCAGCGGCGUGUCGAGGGACAGCCUCGCCUCGGGGAGGUGGCCACCAGCUCGUUGCACCGCCCAGCUCGCUCUCACCCUCAAGGCCGGUCCUGCAUGGUCUCGUACUACGACGAGCUUGAGAUCGAGGACUUUGCGUGGGACGACGACAAGAAGGUCUUCCACUACCCGUGCCCGUGCGGCGACCGCUUCGAGAUCUCGAGGGCGCAGCUGGCCAAGGGCGAGGAGGUGGCGACUUGCCCGAGCUGCAGUCUCCUCGUGCGCGUCGUGUACGACAUGAUGGACUACGAGGACUAUGAUGAGGACGAGGAGGACGAAGGCGAGGCGGCCGAGUCGGAGCCCAUCCCCGUCCUCUGAGCGCUCAAGUCGUUCCAUCUGCCCUCGCGCACGACGACCAGGACUGCAGGUCAGGCCGGAGGAAGCGUCGCGAGGCAGCGGCCGGGCCCUGGCGCCCCUGCGGCUCUCGAGAAUGUGCGCCGCCGGGUCAGGCCUUGCUCGGCUCGUCAGCCCUUCACGACAGCGUCCUGCCCUCGCACUGCAGCACGAGCCGCUCUUUGCAACGCAGUCGCCCUUCCUCCUGUUC